ACCCAAUCCUUUUCCGAUCAUUUUUUUACUUUUUUGAACGCCUUACCAAAAAUGACGUCCGGUCUUCGUACGCUUCUCUUUCUCCUAUGCUCUUUUUGGAUUGUAAACGUGUCCUUAGAAAACGAUGAUGGCUACAAUGCAGCCGUUACUCUUCUGGGCGGUAAAUUUCGUAUGGGAAGUUCAUCUGCAGACACCAAACGCGGAGAAUUACCCACCAAAACCGUCGGAGUAAAGCCGUUCGUGAUUGACAAAUAUCCCGUUACUAAUGAAAAUUUUCGAAAGUUUGUUCGCGCUAAGAAAUUCAAGACCGAAGCGGAACGGUUUGGUUGGAGUUUUGUUUUUCGUACCUUCGUCCCUGAGGAAGUCCGAUCCAAGAUAACGCAAUCUGUCCCGGUAGGUUAGUUCUUUGGAUAUCAGUGGUUUUUUUUUUAAUAUUUGUUUUAAAAGAUACUCGUGGGGUCCACGUGGUUGUUUCAAGAGGAUUGCUUUUAGAAAUGGACCCCGUUAGCCUCGCUCCGUUCAAAGUGAGACAAAAAUAAACUUCUUAAACCUGUCAGCGUGCCUGAAGUGAUUCACUCAGCUUCAGUUUACCUGCACCGUUCCACUUUUCCCUCAAUUUUUGACAUGGAUCCAUUGACACUGUGGAAAAAAGUGUCUUAAAAUAAAUUAGAAGGCUUGUCAAGUUAGAAAGUGAUCUGUCGGAAGUCAGUGAAGAUACGUAUAACUUUGCAAAGAAACAACAUUUCAUAGUCGUCUUGUGUGAUGAGCGCCAGCACAAACUUACCCCAACAAUACAAUCAUCUGUAUCCUUGCAGGGGUUUAUCUUUGCUACUUCUGAAUGUAUCACUCUUAAACUGAUUUUAAGGGUGCUAAAUCUUUCCAGCCAAUAAUUUUUCAAACAUGAAAAAAUGUUAAAAAUUACUUACUUGUUGUUCUAAAAGUCCUGUUUAUUGACAUGAUUUUUCAAGAGAUUUUUUCUACUGCAAUUUUAUGGCAAUUUCUUGGUGAUUUUAUUGCAAUUUUCACAGUAGAGGCUAGAAGCAACUUGCGGAAAUGCCCUAUUCCCUUGAAGUCAGUACUAGUUUACGUGAGAUAUGGGAUUUGAAAUCACAUGCCGCUGAAAAAAUUGUUAGGCUGUGUAAAUGGGCCAUGGACUUUUCUUGCCCCAUUGGGUAACUUGUGAUGAAUAAUACCAGUCCAAGAGGUUGCUCUGCUUGGGCACAAAUUUGUGGGACAUCAGAGAAAAAUAAUGUGAUAAACCCAAGUGCCCUGCCCAGUAUAUACAGUGUGCAAAGAAAUAGUGUCCGAUAGCCUGGGACUAGUGAAUUGGCUAAUGAAUUCUUGUUCUUAACAUGCCCAAUGGGCAAGUGAAUUUUUUUGGGGCGGGGAGGGGGGGAAUUCACACUACAGAAGAACUGUAAUCAUUGCUCAUCAAAAAUACUUUAAUUUCCGGCGAGUGGAAAUGACUUCAAAUGGGCUAGUGCAUGCUAGGUACAGUCUGCUCAAAUGGCAAGCAGUAAAACUGACUUUCUUUGCACCCUGCUAUAGAGAGAUCAAUAACACCAAGCCAAUGCAAGAACAGCACAUCUUUUUAUUUCUGGUAUUAAUAACACUAUAAUUUAUAUUUAUGGCAAAAAAACUGACAUACAUUAAUUGCCUUCAUUUUUUUCCCCUUCAAUUCAGGGGGCACCAUGGUGGCUGCCAGUGCAACAGGCAUACUGGAGGCAGGUCUGUUAUUAUUGGAAGCAAGAAAAUAAGAAUGUUCUACACAUUAUGAAAUUGUAGGAUGAUGUACAAAAUGAAUACUGUACAUUGGGCUAACUGUAGUGUACCAGUUUCUUUGACUGGAUAUGCUGUAGACUAGUUACUGUAGUACUUAAUCACUGGCAACUUUGAACUCAUUCAAUUCAAGCCAUAUAAAUAAUGAAUAAAUAAAUAAUUUAGAGGUAGCACAUCCACUUAGUGGUUCUUCAUCUAUCCGAUUCCUGUUCGAAUUGGUUUUGGAAACUUUGGUCUUUGAGGCGGGACAGAAAUCAGCGUACCCAGAGAAAAACCUCUCAGAGAAUAAGGAGAGAGCCAACAACAAACUCAACCCUCAUAUGGUGUUGACGCUGGGAUUUGAACUGGGGCCACAUUGAUGGGAAGGGGGUGCUCUCACCACUGCACCACCUUUGCUUCGGACAGGUUUUUGCCAUCAUCAUUACGUUCUAAGUUUUGUGUGAUGUUAUUUUGUUAAAUAUUUUGUAUGAACUUCAUUGAGGUCAGAAGGUUAACCCCUAAUAAUAAUAUUACACUAUAAAAAAAAUACAAGAUUUCACAUUUCUAUCACCUUAUACUAAGUAUUUAUUUUCCAUUUUUAUACUUUAAACACAUUUUAGCCAGGAGGGCCUGGAACAUCUGUAAAGGAAAAGAUGUCUUACCCAGCUGUGCAUAUUAGUUAUAAUGAUGCCAAGGCUUAUUGUGAAUGGAUGGGAAAGAGAUUACCAACAGAGGCAGAAUGGGAAUUUGCAGUGAGAGGAGGGCUGAAAGGUUAUGUUUUUUAAAAAAUCAUACAUCAUCACAACACAGCUUUUAAUACUGUAUGGACACUGGUUAUUUGUGAUUUUCCUUGUCAUAAUCAUUUUUUGGAGAACCUGCGAAGUUAAUACAGACACUGCGAUAACAUCUGUAGACACCAUGCCAUGUCCCUUGGUUGAGUAUAGGACUAUAAGUGUAAAAAAUAUAUAUGUCUGGGGUGUGUGAUUUUACUAAAAGGUGCCUGCUAAGUUUUCGCUUGAACACAGGCAUUGCCCGUGUUCAAGCCAGUGUAUUUGGAGAAAAAACAGGGGGCAUAACAUCUUGCAAAGUGUCAGCAGAGAGCCCAGGCCCAGACCUAUCCGUGGGGGGUGGCUUUUUUGUUUUGUGUGAAAACCAGGGGGGUAGGGAGGGGAGAUUUUGUCACUUUGAUUAGAGUUUUAUGUCAGAAAGCAGUGCAAAGUCAGAGAAUUGUUUCUGUGGCCUAGGCCAGCCAAAUCAAUGCAGUGACUCAUAAUCAUAACACUACUAGCAGUGCUUAGGGUAAGUGAUUGACUAGUCAUAAGCUUCAUGGGUGGGGAGGGUGAGUAAUGGCUCCUUGGACUUGACUGUCUAGAGACUCAGUACAGGCACCUUGUAUGAAAUCCAGACAGAUGUAAAUUGAUGUCAAAUAUUGUUUACCAGGAAACACCUACAGUGUAGGAAGUCUUGAAAAGUAACCUUAGGGUGCUUUCCAUUUGUCAGAACUGGCCAGCCGGACCAUAAUUUGCCAGACCAGUCUGUUAGCAAAUGAAUUUGGCUUUUUCCAAGAGAUUGCCAAAUUAAACGUUCUGCUUCGGGCAUACAAUUUAGGAUUUGACUGAUCUGGCUGGAUAGUUUUGAUAAAAAAAAAAAAAAAAAAGAAAUUCUUAAUUAGGACGGAAAUGGUCUGGCCGGUCAGUUCUGACAAAUGGAAAGUACCCUUUAUAGCCUUGCAGCUCCAUUGAUUCCCCUAUAGCUCUGACAGUGAUAGUAGAUCAUCUGGAAAUAAUAACUUAAGUUCCGCUGGUCUAUUUAAUGCAAUACUUGCCUAGUUUGAGUGAUUUCAAUGUAAAUUACAUAUUUUUUGCUUUAACAGAAAGGGAAUACCCUUGGGGGGCUGAAUUCCAGAAGAAACGAAUGAAUAUUUGGCAGGUAACUGCAUGGUCAAAUUGUCAUUUGCAAUGACUGAGUGAUUUCUUGCUGUGAUAAGUAACAGAGUAUUAAUAGUCCUCAAAGUUUUGUUUGCUGUCACAUAUGCAAUUAACUUUGUUUUGCCUUGUCCAUAAUUUUCCAUUGUGUUAAUUAAUUAUUGAUAGGUAAAAAUGACGUUGAUAAGUUCAAAACUUUUAAAAAUGUCCAGGAUUGCAAGUUAAUUACUAGAUUUAUUACAAAGUAUCCCCUAGCCCUAAACCUAGUGGAUCAUCUAAAUGCAUGCUGUUCUCUCUCCAAUCAAAUGUAAAUUAAAAAUAGUGUUAUAGUUACAGUAUUUCUAAUGUGUGUCUGAUGUGUCUGAAGUAUCUAAUUUUCGAGUUUUCUUGCAUUUCUGGACGUAAGUGUGAUUUAUUCGACCAUAAAUAAUGAAUUUUGUUCUAUAAUGUUACUGUUGUUUUUGUGGUAAACUAAUUAAGGGCAAAUUUCCUGAUGACAACACAAAUGAGGAUGGUUUUGACUGGGUUGCUCCAGUAGAUGCCUUUCCUGCUCAGAAUAAAUAUGGUAAGGAAUAAAUAAAACCAGGUAGAUUACAGAUGAACUAAGGUCAUUGUUUAUAUGGGAACUUCAAGAUGUUUUUCAGUCAGUGACACUGGCAGCUCAGAAGAAAAAAUCCGAGCAGUACUCCCAACAGGAGUUGAACCUAUGAUCUUCUGGGCACAGUUCCCCUGAAAGAUGGUUGAGUUUAACCAGAGAUUAAUCCAAUUUUAAAGCAAGGUUUUCUUGCACAAAAACAUGCAACUCGAGCUUACAAAGCACUGUUGAGCCUUUACUUCGAGAUACGGAAAUGAUAACACAAAGUGUUACUAUGAGCAGUACAUAGGAAGGUAAAAUGCAUUAAAACGGAACAAAAUUUUAAUCCUGGAUUAGCGCUAAUCAGCCUUUCAGGAACCAGGCACUGGUUAGUCUGGUUCAAUAAUGGGUCUGGAUGCUGAACUUCUACCACAAGAGACUUGUGAAAGCAAAGGCUGCUAAACUAGGUUCAUGUGACAAACAUCUGUAAACUGCUAGAUCUAGAACUAAAAAUUAUGACGAUAUGUGCUUUAAAAAAUCCUGACUUAAAACAUCAACACCCCAAAACAUGGUUUCUAAAAUUUCCCUACCCCUCUCCUCCAAAAUCCCAGAACUGAAAAUUUCAAACCCAAAAAUUCCUUGGAUCAUUUCCAUUGCUUUAAAACUGGAGUACACUCCCCCCUGGAUAUAUGGGUUGGUUUUAUAUGAUCCCAUAUACUGUACUGUGGGUCUUGUUUCAUGGGCUGGUUUCAAGGGGCCCGUCAAACUCAGUGGCGGAUCCAUACCUUCAGAUGGUGGGGGGGGGGGGCGGUCAUCCAACCCUGAGAUAAGGGGAGGGGGGUCUCAAAAAAAAUUUUUUUGGGGCCUCAGUUUGGUCUAAAAAGAAGGGGGAGGCGCGGGCCCCUCAGGCCCUUCCUCUGGAUCCGGCAUUGAAACUAACUGUGUUUGAAUUGUAUUUUAUUGUUAGGAAUGUAUGACAUGUUAGGGAAUGCAUGGGAGUGGGUAUCAGAUGAAUUUAAAGACCAAGGAAAGGAGGCAAAGUUUGUCCUGCGAGGUGGAUCAUAUAUAGACUCCGCAGAUGGCAAACAUAACCAUAAAGUUACUGUAAACACAAGGUAAAUAAUCGAGUGGAUACAAAUCAGGCUAGAAAUCAAGCUAGGAAUGUUGUAGCCUGCGUAGCAAGCAUUUCUGUGCAGUUUCAGAGCAAAGAACAAAGUCAAAGACCUUGAAAAUGGUCUUUGCUUCAUUUCUUGCAUGGCCAAAACCAAAAUUCCUGUUCAUUGGUCAUUAUUUGCUCCGAAACCAAACAGAAACGCUUGCUACGCAGGCUAGGAAUGUUGGAAUAAAUUGCUUAGAAAAGCUUUGUUGCAUCAUUGUUGUUGUGUUUUUAUUGGAGACGAUACAAAAACUGUAUUCCAAAAAAAGCAUGAACAACAACAGCAAUAAUUUUCAGUUUGUUAUCCUAGAGUACUCAAAGUGUUCCUGCGUUUAUGAUUGAGUAGAUUUUGUAAAAAUAAUUCAAAUUGUGGAAUUAUGCCCGUUUUGGGAAUGAAAUAAAUAACGAAAAUUGUCAUUUUAGGAAAAAAAAUAAUGGGAUAAUGAAAAUCCCAUUAUGUUCAUCCCACUCCAACCCAAGCCCCACCCCCCUCCCGCCAUUGAGUGUUUUCGAGUGGAAGUGGAGAAAACGCAUGUUAAAAACUCUACGUUUGUCAGCUUGCGAGCCAAGUGUCAUUAAAUAAGGCUUAAAUCAGAUUCAGAUUCAUUGCCCAGACACCCCGAGGUCGCUUGUUUCCAUUCCCUUUCUCUUAGGGCUCAAAGCCAAAAGCAGCUUCUCUUGUCGAUGUAUGCGGGGAGACGCAAAGUAUGGCUAUAUAUCACUGGUCUUUAUCCUUCUUCCCCCCACCCCACCACCCCACCCUUUCCCGCCAGUCUAAACAAGAAUUCCCCGAGUUAAUUUUCGCAAAGAAUUCUGGAAUAGUAUUAGGGACUUUAAGAUCCAACAAGAAGACGGCAACGAGAGCGUCUAAAAAACAAUAGGUUUAGAUUGCCGUUUUUGCACGACGACGACGUGAAAAUGCCUAAUUUCGCGUUUAAUGGAGAACGUAAACAAGCAACGACGGAAUUUUCAUUCUCUUUCUGAACUUGUAUAUUGUCCCUUGAAAUUCAGCUUCAGGGGGUUUAGCCUGCAUUUGACAAAGUAAGUGUGUAGGAAUAAUUGCGAUGUAGACUGAGAGAAGGCAAAUUCUUUUUUUCAGCGACGUUCUCGUCGCCAUCGCGUCAAUCAGCAAUCCGCCGUACGGAAAAAGAUGGCGGCCGUACAUUUUACCACAAUUCCUUUCGAACCUAACACGGCCAAUUACCCAUAAGGUCAUAUUUUGAUGAGGCGAAAUUCGUCCCUGUAAUAGCAACAUUGCUUAUCCUAGGUUUGAAGUUUAUAAAACUUUUCUGCGCGUUUUUAUGAGCAGUUUUAUGGUUUUCGUGCGCUAAGGACUGUGGGUAAAUGUAGCAGUCGCCAUCUUUUUAGGUACGGUGGAUUGGCCAAUUUAUUUCUCUGUUCCAAGUAACAGACCCAGAAGUCUCCGAGAAACUUAAUUCGGCCCAGUUUCUUCUCGGAUAAAUACUUGGCAACAGAAAAAGGAAAGAUUUUGUAGCAGCAUUGUUCAGGAGAGAUUCGGCUGUACUUCAGAUGAAAUGCCAGUUUUUUGUUCUUUUUUUUUAGGAUGGGGAACACAGCAGAUGCUGGGUCAGAUAAUAUAACAUUUAGAUGUGCUAGAAGUGCAUCUAAGGACGAACUUUGA